AAGCAGCCAUGUUUAACAAUAAUGUAUAAAUAGUAUACAAUUAGGACUUUUAACAAGCAAAAAAAUCCCAAAUUCAUGAGCCCUAAUUGGAAAGCGUGCUUUGUAUUUUAUUUCUUUCCUCAUACUUAACGGUGACUUUACAUUUGACAUGCAGCACUAAAUCUAAAACCUGUUUUUUCCCCCAACAACUUUUUAAAUAAACAAACCGCAAUUAAUGUACUAAAUAUAUAAUUAUGUCUACUAUACUGGUUGAGCUACGAUUAACACUAAUUGCAGGUAGAAAAAAACCCUGUCAAAUAUGAAAUUAAAUUAGAAAUAUUCCACAAAUGUGCAACACUGCGCAUCAGUAGGCUGACUGGGAUGGCAAUGCACCUCCUCUUACAGUAAGUAGAGGUGAAUUAAAGCAGGUGAACACCUAAUAAAAUUCCCCUCACAUCGUAAUAUAAGGCCCAGCAUCUUGAGCAUAGAGACACACACUCAGACACAGCUAUCUCAACAAGAAGCACUCAUCACACACCUCAAGGCUAUCAAAUCUGAAGAUGAAAACUUCCACGGUGUACAUCCUGGCUAUUUGCGCCAUGCUGGCCGGCCUCUGCGGCUCAACCAUGGGACGAAGACUCAAUCUGGGUUCUUGUAUGCUGACGGUUCACACACACGAGCUCAGGCAUCACUUCCAGCAGAUCCGUGACAACAUGGUCACACAAGACAACCACAAGGGUGUACGGUUGCUGAGGGGGGACAUGAUGAAAAGCUUACAGGCGACAGAGAGCUGCUGCUUUCUGAAGCAACUCCUACGCUUCUACAUCGAAAAGGUCUUCAGCGGCUACACAAGCAGCCAAUCCCUCCAUCAGAGAACCACCAGCGUUCUGGCCAACUCGUUUCUCAGCAUGACCAAGGACUUGCACGCAUGUCAAGCUCAGAUGCUCUGCCAGUGCAGCCAGGAAGCCAACUUGAAAUUUGAUGCCAUCCAGGAAACCUACGACAAGCUGGAAGUCGGGGCUGCGUCGGUAAAGGCCAUUGGUGAGCUGGACUCUCUGCUGGAGUGGCUCGAGAGCUUCCACAACAAAGACCAGAAGCACCACCAUCAUGAUGAUGACUCAAAAUAGGUUCCCCAUGGCAACCGCUUCAUUAUGCAGUGCUGAUUCACCGAAGCUGCAUUGAAAUUCAUAAUUUAAUCUUUUCUUGUUAUUAUAAUAUUUAUAGAAUUUGGGGGUUUUCCUUUUCGUAUGUUUAUUAGAUUAGAUUAACCGGGUAGCGUUUUUUGCUACCGACAGUACAGUACGACGAUUACUGAGAAUGUAUAAGCUAUGUGUUCAUAGCGUACAUGCUAAAUAUUUAAUAGUUGCUUUAUGCUGUUUAUUUGACAGCAAUAUUUUUGACUAUAGUAAUGCCUGUGGUUUAUCUGCACAUGUGACUUGAAAGAGUUUUGCAGGAAUGUAGACCUUUAAGGUCAGAUUUGUUUGAAUCAUGUUUAAACUUGAUUGUAACUUGGAAGUAAAUAAAUGUUUA